CCUCCGCCAGGCAGGCAGGCAGCUCUCUCUGUACAGGCGCAGUGAGUGCAGUCACUGUGUGCAGCUCGGCUGGCCUCCCUCCGCACUGAAUGGACUAGAUUCCCAGCCACGUAAGAAGCAUAGCGGCACCACGGGAGAGAGGAUGUCCUGCUGAAUCAAGGGAUAGGCCUGGGAAAUUCGGCCGGCCGUCCCUUCCUUCCUUUCUAACAGCUUGCAGCAGCAGACAUACGACACUGACGACACUUUUCCUCCUUUGGACUAGACCGAGAGAAGGAGAGGACGUCGACUCCCGCAUACAAAGAGCUACAGCAGUCUUUCCGGAUGGGGUUUUCUGCUCCUGUGGUACAUGACAAUCACCGUGCAUGGAUAUGAUCCUGGGGAACAAGGCCGUGCACUGACCUGGUACUAGUUAGCCAAGGAAGCUAACUAGUUAGCUCUGCACCUGCUAGCCAUCAUUUGUCUAACAAAUUUCGGCUAAAUUCAGUAGCUAGAUUUAGCUUGCAAAACUUGCUUUAUAUAUAUUGAGCUUCGUUUCUGUGCCUGCAAGCUGUAACCAACAAAUUGUUUCCGUUUUAUGAAACGUGCCAUACUAUUAACCGGCAAAUAAGCUAGCAAACAAGCUGCGAUUUUACAUAGCAGUCUUCAUUCAUUGUAAAAGCUGACUUUUGGUAGCCUUUGUUACUGUUUAGUCGUGUUUAAAUGCACCUUUAAUGUUUAUGAAAUUGCAGCAAGGCUGUGCAAAAGGUUUUCAGUCGACGUGGGGCAGUGAGUCUAUCAUUUUAACCUGCCCUUAUCUCUUGAAUGGAAAACAAAGGGGGUCAAAUGUACAGUUGAACUCGCACAGAAAAUUACAGACCUCUUUUUGUGUUGAAUGAGUACCAACGAGGCAGCCUGUCUUGUUGGUACUCUGCUCUAUUCUCCAGCAGCAACCUGCAGAUAAACUAGUCUUUAAUUUUAUAUAAUUAGAUAUCUGCUAAAAUUAUUGGACUAUUUGGUAUUGCACCGAGUUUACAAGAAAGUGUUGCCCUCGUCGAGGAGAAGAAUAAGGAGGAAAGCCCACGCUUUUGUGGAGUUAUCACACUUAUUCCUCAUGAACAUACAGAGGUCAAAUCCAAUUAACAUUUCACGUUAUGGGAGAUCGCGACACAAAUCGCAUGAUUUUGAAGAGCUAUCUUGCUUAAGGACUACAGAGUCGCACCAGAGCUUCAGUCCCAACCUCGGGUCCCCAAGCCCACCGGAGACCCCGGACUCCUCUCACUGUAUCUCUCGCAUCGGGGACUACCUUUUGUUGGAACCACUGGAGGGAGACCACGUUUUCAGAGCCGCCCACCUGCACAGCGGGGAAGAGCUGGUCUGUAAGGUGUUUGACAUUGGACGAUACCAGGAGUCACUGGCUGCCUAUUUUGCCCUGGGUCAGCACCAACAUAUUAACCAAAUCUUGGAGAUCUUGCUCGGGGAGACUCGAGCCUACGUGUUCUUUGAGAGAAGCUAUGGAGACAUGCACUCUUUUGUCCGCACCUGCAAAAAGUUGCGGGAGGAUGAAGCUGCCAGACUCUUCUAUCAGAUAGCCUCAGCUGUGGCACAUUGCCACGAUAAUGGACUGGUCCUCCGUGACCUGAAACUGAGGAAGUUUGUCUUCAAGAACGAGGACAGAAGCCUUGUAAAACUGGAGAGCCUGGAGGACACUUAUAUCCUGGACGGUCACGAUGACUCUCUGUCAGACAAACAUGGCUGCCCUGCUUAUGUCAGUCCUGAGAUCCUCAAUGCCAACGGCAGCUAUUCGGGGAAGGCAGCUGAUGUCUGGAGCCUGGGCGUCAUGCUUUAUACAAUCCUUGUGGGGCGCUACCCUUUUCAUGAUGUUGAGCCUGGCUCUCUGUUCAGUAAAAUCCGCAGGGGCCACUUCAACAUCCCUGAGACACUCACACCCAAGGCCAAGUGCCUGAUCCGCUCCAUCCUCCGCCGGGAGCCCGCAGAGCGCCUCACCUCUCGGGAGAUUCUGGAGCACCCCUGGUUCGCCUCCUCCGGGGCAAUAGGGGGCGCUGCGGGGCACGGCAGAGGAGAAAGAGAGCAGGAGCAGAUGGUGCCUGAGGUGAACAUGGAGGAAGAGCUGGAGCAGUUCUUCAGCUGAGCACACAGCAAGCACAAACGAAUGACUCUGCCACGGUCGGCUCGCCACGCUCACAGCAGAGCCAAAAACAGUAGUUUAGAGAUAAAUAGGUGAACAUUUGUCACUCAUGAUAAAGGUGUUUCCAUCCUGUUUCCUUUCCACCAUUUCAUGGAAACCUUGAGCCUGGCAUGACAAAUGGCAUCUCUACAUCACCUGGUGAGGCGCCUCCCAUUCAGGGAAGUUGCCGCCAGACAUGCAAGUUGCAAACAAUGUAGCAAUGUUCUUUUUUGGAUCUGUUUUGGUUUAAUGUGGUGCUCAUUAAAGAAGACACAUUUACCAUUUUUGACACUAUGGAAAGCAUGAAGGGACAUAAACAGGAAACCAAGGAGAACAAUUUAAAACAAACUGACAACUACAUCACCACACCUUUUAUUUUUUUGUCCUAGGUUUAGGUGCUUACAAUAUAAACCACAGACCCAGAUCGGGAAAUGAUGACCCGAGUUUUAAAGUUAGACAAACAGAAGGUGGUCCUGUCUGACCUGGGAUCAGUGGUUCAUAAAAGGAGCAGCUUUUAUCUCAUUAUCAUCAACAUAGUUGACCUCGUCUUUGUUUUCCUCAUUGGUCUUUUUUGUAUUAAUUAUUCUGACAUUGUCACUAAACCCCUCGAUGGCCUUGUUUUCAGUAAUUUGUACUUCUGCAUCCUUUGACUUUAACAUUUUCACCCUUUUUCGCCUCCACACUUUCAUGUUUCAGUGACUUUACCUUUAUAAACAAGUCACAUCUUUUGUUUUGUUUGAAGCUAUUCCUCUCUGUUGACACUGCUGCUUUAAAAUCACUCCCCUAACCUCAAUCUGAAAUUGUUUUUUCUUGGUAAGCCAACAAACAUGGCAUCAUGCACUUGAUGUGUUAGGUGAAUGGACAGUUCCACCUUAAUUAGCUUUCUCUUAUUUAAAUUCAUUCUUCAGUUGUAGGAAGGAGAACGGAACAUUUAUUUAAAUUGUAACAACUAUAUAUAUAUAAAUCUAAAAAUCUAUAUAAAUAUAUAUAUUUAAAACUACAUUGCAGGGUUUUCUUUAUUCAGAGAUUCCUUUUCAUGUAUGAUGUAGGCAAUAUCUUGACACAGGACAGGCACAAAGAGGAAAACGUCUGUCUGAAGUUUUAGUAUACACAAUAUCUUUUGUGCCAGUAUUCUGGUGCCCUGACAAGCCCCAUACCAUCCGGUCUCCCUCAUUUCCUUUUUCAAAACUUGAUACGAGAUAUUCAGUGAUAGUAUUGCUAUGACAUGCUCACUCCAGGACCUCAUGUUAGUUUUCUACUGCCUGCGUAGGUUCUGUGAUACGAUCACGCUCGGAAUGGGUACCAGUGGACAUGUUUUGUCGUAUCUCAAUGUUACUUGAAUUUGUGUUUUUUAAAUCUAGUCAUUGGCAUGUGCCCCAUGAAUGCUAUAGCCUGCCUAGCAGGGGGAGGGAGGAGGGGUGGGGGGAGGAGGGUGCUUGUUUUUUAAGAAAAGAAAAAAAAACAUGAAAAUUAUCUAUUUGCUACUUUUCUGAGUUGCUUUUCAUUAAAAACAACUAUUGCUUUUUAUUGUUUUUGUAGACUGAGCUACCUUUUAUUUAAGUUGGUGCUGAUUUGGUGCUAAUGUUUAGUCCUUUUUGUUUCAUGGAGGGGGGUAGUGCAUGGUGGGAUAUCUGCCUCAGAUGUUCUGAUUGUAUCGUAACAGAUUCUGGUGUUUUGUCCAAAUUUAUUCCGUAAAUAAAUUGUGAACUGCU